AAACAAUUUACGAUUUACUGGCAUGAAAUUACGAAUCUAUUGGUGUUUUUGUACUCUUUGCUGAAAUUGUUUGUGUUAAUAUACAGGAAAACAUUUUAGUUACAUAUGCAAGUGCUAAGGACAUUGUAUUGAUUUUUUAAAAGAGCGUCCCUUGUGUAAAAUGUGGGAUAUUGUAGAUCACACGACAUGCACAAACAAAUUUGAUGUAACUGAUCAGAUUAAGUAAGUUAGCACAAUGUUCUACGCACAUUUUGUGCUGGCCAAAAAGGGCCCUUUGGCCAAAAUUUGGUUGGCAGCUCAUUGGGAUAAAAAACUGACAAAAGCUCAUGUAUUUGAAACGAAUAUUGAAAAAUCAGUUGAUGGAAUACUAAAGCCUAAAGUGAAGAUGGCUUUAAGAACAUCUGGUCAUCUACUUCUGGGUGUGGUGAGAAUAUACUCAAGAAAGGCUAAAUAUCUUCUGCAAGAUUGUAAUGAAGCCUUUGUUAAAAUCAAGAUGGCUUUCAGGCCUGGUAUGGUUGAUUUGCCAGAAGAACAUAGAGAAGCAGCAAUGAAUGCUAUAACUUUGCCGGAAGUCUUUCAUGACUUUGAUACUGCAAUGCCAGAGCUAAAUGAGGUUGAUAUUGAAGCUCAGUUUUCCCUAAAUCAAUCAAGAGCUGAGGAAAUAACAAUGCGUGAAGAUUAUGGCUCCUUGAAUAUGGUUACACAUGAUGAUGGAUUUGGUGACAUGGGAUUUGAUACAGACAACCCAGACAUAAUGAGAGAAGCUAUUGGAAAUGAUGGAGGACUAGAACAGAGUAACCUACUGUUUGCUGAUGGAUCGUCAUUGGAGCUGGCAGGAAAAGAUGCUGGAGUGGCCAGUACUAGUGCUGCAGGAGUUCCUACUCUAGCCGCACCCUCACAUGAACCAAGAAUGGAGGCUGCUCCACAUGGACCUAUGGACGAUGGCUUUGGAGGAACUAUUGGCGAUGUUGCGGAUUUUGGACAUGCCGGAGGUCUAUUCGAGGGUGACCUCUUCGGCGACGUGACUGCCGGUAGUUCGGCCGGGGGUGCCGGUACCGGCCUACCGGGAACUUCCACUCAGCCUCAGUCUUUGCAGGCGGAGAUCGAGGCGGCCGGCGGCAGCGCGCGCGAGCCCGACGCGGCGCCCGACGCCGACCCCGAGUCGGACGACGAGAUGCCGCACUACGACGCGCCGCCCUCGCCCGCCUCGCCGCCCUCGCCCGCGCACAGCUGGGGAGGAUCACCUCCACAUGAAAGUGAAACUCCGAGGUCGGAUGACGCCGGCCUCAUGCCACCGCCUGCUGCCCCGAGACCUCCGUCUACUAGACCGAUGGAAGUGGAUUGCGUUGAUACUGUAGUGGAGGAACCACCAAUAGUAGAAGCUCCCGCCACCCCUGCCCCCGCAAUAGAUUCCACAACUUUACUGCAAAAUGAUGAGGAGUCAUUCGCUCUGGCACCUGUUGAUGCUACUGUUCUUAAAGGAAUUACAAAAGCUAAGCGAAAGCGUAAACUGAUCGUUGACGAAGUUAAAAAUAUAUCUGGUGAGGAAAUGAAGAAUCAGCUGAGCAACACAUCAGACAUUGUCACCACAUUAGAUUUGGCGCCGCCUACCAGGCGACUCAUGCACUGGAAGGAGACCGGGGGUGUAGAGAAAUUGUUCACUCUGCCUGCCAGGCCCAUACCUUCUAGAGUAUUAUUCAAGAAAUACCAGCGCAACAUGACGCUGCGCACGGACGCGGACGACGGCGAGGCGCGCUCGCCCGACCCCGAGCCGCCCGUCGCGCGCCGCGCCGCGCGCAAGCGCCGCCACGAGGAGACUAUCCAACCGCCGGAAACUCCGGCGCCCACCCCUCAGCAGGACCUGGAACCGCCCACUCCUAUACCGCAGGAGUAUGAACCUUCAGUCGAGUCGGAGCGCGAGCGCGAGGCGCCGCCCUACGCCUCGCCGCGCCACGACGACGUGGAGCCGCCCAGCACGCCAGGUAUGCUGAGUUCUCUUGGGGCACCUCUCACACCUGGUGUACUCGGACCUCUGACUCCGGGUACAUUACUUCAAGGCGGACUCACACCCGGUAGUUUACAACAUGGGUCCAUGACACCAGGUGGAUUAACUCCUGCUGGACUUCAACACGGUGACCAACAAGUAGAUUUAGGAUUAUCGGGUGCUUUGCAUGGAGGUAUGACCCCAGGUGGCAUGACUCCAGGAGGUAUGACGCCGGGUGGUAUGACGCCAGGUGGAAUGACGCCAGGCAGAAUGACUCCAGGUGGUAUGACACCUGGUCUGGGUUUAGACGGUGGUAUGACGCCCGCAGGUCUGCAUCAUGGAACCAUGACGCCAGGAGGACUAGAUCACGGUGGUAUGACACCGGCGGGGCUUCAGCACGGAGGAAUGACUCCAGCAGGAUUGCAGCACGGAGGCAUGACUCCCGCGGGACUGCAGCACGGUGGCAUGACUCCCGCUGGUCUGCAGCACGGUGGUAUGACUCCCGCUGGCCUGCAACACGGUGGCAUGACUCCAGCCGGCCUGCAGCACGGUGGCAUGACGCCUGCGGGACUUCAGCACGGAGGCCUCACGCCGGCCGGUCUACAACACGGUGGCAUGACGCCCUCGGGCCUGCAGCACGGCGCGCUGCUGUCGCACGGCAUGGAGCUGCCCAUGAUGCCGCAGAUGGGCGGCGAGCACCCGCUGCUGCAGUCCGUGACGCCGCACGCGCACCACGCGCACCCCGCGCACCACGACCUGCACACGGGGCCCAUGGAGCCGCUGCCGCUGCCGCUCGACCACGCGGACUACCAGAACGGCAUGCAAAUGACGAACCUGGGCUACGACGAGCAGCACGGCCAACACAGCCCUCAACACGACUACGACCUACCGCUGAGCGUCGAAAACGCGGAGGAGGGCGAGCGCGAGACGCGCGAGGCGGGCGAGACGGAGGAGCAGUUCGAGGAGCGCGUGCUGAACCGGCGCGCGGCGCAGCUGUUCGCGGCGCUGCGCGGCAAGCUGGCGGCGCAGCUGGCGCUGGCCUUCGCCGACCUGGCGCCGCCGCACAACAACCGCAAGCAGGUGGCGCAAAAAUUCUACAGUUUGCUUGUUCUCAAGAAGCAUCAGAUGCUAAAACUAGAGCAGCACGAGACUUACGGACCUAUAACUAUAACGAAGGGUGCACAGUUCGAAACGGAGGCGAUUUAAUUAAGAUAGUUUUUAUAUAUACGAGACGGAAAAAAAUAUCAGUUAGAUAUAAAAAGGGUAUUUUUAAUAUAAUUGGUGACUCUUCGCGGUUAGUUCCCUUUGGAGUAGAUUGAGCCAAAAAUGUUAUGUGUAAGUGAGGCCGAUUCGAAUUCAUAGAAACCAAUUUUGGACCAAAAUAAUAUAUUACAUGCGAGCUGAUCUAAAAAUCGGAAGGCAUUAAAAUUUACGUGAAAAAAAAAUGUACAUAUAAAUUAAAAAAAAUUAAACAACUCCUCUUGGCAUGGAUGUAUAAAAACAUAUACAAUAAAAAAAAUUCUAUUAAUCAUCGAAAUAUAAUAAGUAUUAAUCUACCCGAAAAAUGCCGUGCUAUCCAAAAUAACCGCAUAAAUACUUUUUAUAUUUUCGUUCAUCUCGAACGCAGCCCGGGUGUAGUUUGUUGUCUUUUAAAAACCGAACAUACAGCAAUUGCAAUUAUAUUUUUAUCAGUACUCUUUACUUAUUAUAUUUCAAUGAUUAUAUAUAAUAUGCUUUUUAAGUUUGAUGUUGCAUGUCUAUCUGUCAUUUCAGUAAAAAAUAUGUAUUACAAACACUUUUCUUAAGUUAGCUGCAAAAUUAUGUGUGUGUGUGUUAUUUUAUUCUUUAUUUUACGUAUUUAUACAAUUUUGAAUUUAAUGUGGUUAAGUAUUAAAAGGGGAUUUGAAUUUACAUUUAGGGCAGUUUCUAUGGACUCGAUCGCUUGAAGAGUGCAGUGUUUAUUGCAGUCCGUUGAUAAUGUGUAGAGAAUGCCUUAAGUUGUUUUGCUGUAGUUAUAAGUAAGAUUAUUGUAUGUUUAAAUUGUUUAUAGCUUCCCCUCAACAUAUUGAUAUAUUGUUAAAUCAUAAAGUAAAUAAAGGGAGUUAUCCAUUGGUGAAUAAAUGAUUGGUCAUGUUUAGGAAAGAGGAUAGGAUCAGUGGGGUUAUACAAAUCUAAACAGCACAAUAUUCGCCACACUAGGAAGUGGUCUCCUGCAACUUAUUAUUAGCUAUAAAUAUAUAUAUAUACCUUCAAAUACACAUCAUUUUCUAGAACAUUUAAUUAAUAAUAAUGUUAUCGUAUGAUCAAAGAAACCGCCGUUGCUAUCAUAUCAGGUGACACUGCCAAUGGGUCACCCCUUCGAAUGUUCUGUUCUCAUUAUUUCUAGGCGAUAAAUACGUUGUGUAACGUAAACUUCUCUUUCAAGACCCUAAUCAAUACACAAGAUGUCGACAAUGCGGUUACUGUGUGAGUGUUAAUAUCGGGAGUGACGACAUCUUUUGUAUUGUUUUGAUAGAUGUAAGAAGCGAGGGUAGACAAUCAUUAAUUGCCUUAAAUUUUGUUAUUGUUAGAAUAUUUUAAUGUUAUAAACCAUUCUGCGUGUAAAUUACGUGUAACAUACUUGACUUCGAAGACUUUCUAGUGAUAACAGUAUAUUUUAUUUAAACCGAUCACUUUCGAUUUAUAGUAGAGAAUGUAAUAAAGAAAAUUAUGUACAAGUAGUCUUAAGAGGUAACUGAGAAACACCAAAUAAAAUCAUGCAGACAAUGUCUAUUACAAGAAGAUUUAAAUAUAUUUACAUGUUUAUACAAGGUGGUUGUGUGCGUGGUGUGUGAAUGGGUUUUGUACAUUUCUCGAAAAUCUAUUAAUUAUCUGAUUUUGCGUUUAAUUGUUGCGUGUAAACAGCCCAAACUGAAUGCAUCUCGAAUUUUUCGGUUUGUAUCCAUUUUGGUUUAAUUCUUUGACUUGAAAUUAUGUAAAAUUCUAAAAUUGAAGCAUUAAGAAUGCCUGGAACUGUUUAUUAAGUUAAGUUACAUUUAGAAGUUUUUGUAAAAAUGGAUUUAAGAGAAUACCUCCGUCACUACUACCAAUCACACAUUGUGCGGUUUGCUAAUACGCACGGGGGUACUCGCUUAGAUGCUUUUCAGUGAAAUUAUUUGCAAUAAAUUUGUUGAUAUAAC